AUGGUGUCGUACGUGAGCGCGUUGUUGUACGGGGUCGGGGGGAUCGUGGUGGCGGGCAUGGCAUUGCUCGUCGCCUUCCAGGAAAAGCUAGUCUACGUGCCGGUCCUGCCUGGGCUAUCCAAGUCCUACCAAAUCACUCCAGAUCGACUCCGCCUCUUGUACGAGGAUGUCUGGCUCAUGUCCUCCGAUGGCGUCCGCCUCCACUCCUGGUUCAUCAAGCUCUUCCCCGACUGCAAAGGUCCAACUGUUCUCUUUUUCCAGGAAAAUGCAGGAAACAUUGCUCAUCGUCUCGAAAUGGUUCACGUAAUGUUGCAGAAACUGCAAUGCAACGUUUUCAUGCUUUCUUAUCGAGGUUAUGGAGCUAGUGAUGGAUUUCCUUCACAGCAUGGUAUUACAAAGGAUGCUCAGGCUGCUUUGGAUCAUCUGGUUCAGAGGACAGACAUCGAUACGUCCAGAAUUAUAGUCUUUGGAAGAUCACUUGGGGGAGCUGUUGGGGCUGUGCUAACCAAAAACAAUCCUGACAAGGUGGCUGCCUUGAUAUUGGAAAACACUUUCACAUCUAUUCUGGACAUGGCUGGAGUUCUAUUACCAUUUCUGAAGUUAUUUAUUGGAAAAAGUACCUCAAAGGGUCCCAGAGUUCUGAAUUUUUUAGUUCGUUCCCCAUGGAACACCAUUGAUGUUGUUGGUGAGAUCAAACAACCAAUACUCUUCCUUUCUGGACUAAGAGAUGAAAUGGUUCCCCCGUCGCACAUGGAGAUGUUGUACGCUAAAGCAGCUGCACGCAAUCGCCAAUGCUUUUUCGUAGAAUUCCCUACUGGGAUGCAUAUGGAUACAUGGUUGGCUGGUGGUGAUCGUUAUUGGAGGACCAUUCAAGAGUUCUUGGUAGAAACAGUUCCAGAGAAAAAAGGAUAG